UUGAGUCACUGCGUCCUGCUGAGCAUGAUGAGGAAGGACUGGCUCUUCAACAAGCCUGUUAUCUUUCUCCUUUUCUUCCUCUUCCCUGGAAAUAUCUCUCACACUGCAGAACCGCAGUACAUGGUGCUUCUGCCCUUUCUGAUACAUACUGAUUCUCCUGAAAAAGUCUGUGUUCAGCUGACUCACUUGAAUGAGUCUGUAACACUGCAUGCUACAAUUCAGUAUCAAGGGGAAAACAGGAGCUUGAUUGAUGAUGUGGUGUCGGAGAAAGAUUUGUUUACCUGCAUCCCUUACUCUCUUUCAAAAUCCAACAGCACAUCAGUGGCACUUCUCACUGUGACGGUGAAGGGAGAGACGCUGCAGUUCAGAAGCCGCAAGUCAGUGCUGGUCAAGAAUUCUGAGAGUUUGGUCUUUGUCCAGACAGACAAACCCAUCUACAAGCCUGGACAGACAGUUCUGUUUCGGAUUGUUUCUCUGGAUAAAGACUUCCACCCACUGAAUGAGAAGUUUCCAAUCGUCUAUGUUCAGGAUCCCCAGAGAAACCGUGUUUAUCAAUGGCAAGGGGUAGAACUUGAGACUGGCCUUACACAGCUCUCCUUCCCUCUCACCUCUGACCCCAUCCAAGGCUCCUACAAAAUAGUCGUGCAAAAGAACUUCAUUGCCCACGUGGAGCACUCCUUCUCCGUAGAGGAAUAUGUGCUGCCCAAGUAUGAGGUCCUGGUGAAGCUGCCUAAGAUGAUCACAAUUGAGGACAAGGAGCUUCCAGUGUCCGUCUGUGGUCUUUACACCUAUGGAAAACCAGUCCCUGGUAUGGUGAGUGUCCAAGUGUGCCGGAAAUUUUCCCAUUCUGCUUCACAUUGUUAUAGAAAAGAAGGAGAAGCUGUAUGUGAAGAAUUCACCAGGCAGGCAGAUGUUCACGGGUGUGUUUCUGCUGUAGUAAGAACUAAGAUAUUUCAACUCCGGCGCAGGGGAUAUAAGAUGAGCAUUGAGGUGCAAGGCAAGAUCACAGAAGAUGGUACAGGAAUAGUUGUGACUGGAACAGGCUCUUGUGAAAUCACAUCCAUAAUGAGCAAAGUCAGCUUUGACCUGUUGGACUCUCAUUACAGACCAGGGAUCCCACUCUUUGGCUGGGUGAAGCUGGUAGAUGGUAAUGAUGUUCCCAUUGCCAAUGAAACCAUCAGGAUUUCUGUGAAUGGAGACAUAUACAAAGGCAAUUACACUACAGAUGAGCAGGGACUAUCCUGGUUUUCCAUUGAUACUACUACGUUCACAGAAGCCUCCCUGGAAAUCCGAGCUGAAUAUAAACCUGAACUGAACUGUUAUGUCAGUGACUGGAUCACGCCUUCACAUGAGCAUGCCAUGCGUAGAAUAAGUCGGUUUUACUCCCCCAGUAAGAGCUUCCUCAAAAUUGAGCCCAAGUUGGAGACGUUAAGUUGUGGCUCCUCUGCAGAGAUCCAGGUGCACUAUAUCUUCACACCAGAAGUUAUUGAACAGCAGGGGAAAAUUAUCAUUUACUAUUUGGUGAUGGCCAAGGGCAGUAUUAUGUUAGCAGACACCUAUGAUCUGACUGUGGAUCCUGGAAAUGCUUAUGGGAUAUUCCAGUUGAUCUUACCUGUUGAUGUGACAAUUGCUCCCCUGGCACAAAUGCUUGUGUAUACCACUUCACCCAGUGGAGAAGUCAUUGCUAGUACAGGAGAAUUCCGGGUUGAAAGUUGCCUUUUCAAUAAAGUCAGCUUGAGUUUUGUACCCGAGGAAGAACUUCCUGCCUCCAACACAAGCCUGAAACUCCAUUCUUCACCAAGGUCCCUGUGUGCCCUCCGUGCUGUGGACAGGAGCGUCCUCCUCAUGAAGCCUGAAGAUGAACUCUCUCCCAACUCCGUGUAUAACCUUCUCCCACUCAAGGAACUCCGGGGCUAUAGCUUCAAGGACUACUACUUGGAAGAAGAAGAUGUAAACCCCUGUGUGUCACUUGACAACAUAUUACUGAAUGGAUUCACCUAUGUACCCAUUUCUCCUGAUGGUGAAGGUGAUGUUUAUGAAAUUCUCAAACUAAUAGGCUUAAAAGUCUUCACUAGCAACAAGAUCCAUAAACCUGAAGUCUGCCAGCAUUACACAGCACAUAUGAUGGAAAGGAGUUACAACUAUGCAAUGUUAAAACAGACGGAUGCUGGCAGUCCUGUGGAGACCAUCCGGAAGUACUUCCCUGAGACAUGGAUUUGGGACGUAUUUUCAGUGAACUCUGAGGGAAAUGCUGAAGUAGAAGUGACCAUUCCUGACACCAUCACUGAAUGGAAAGCCAGUGCGUUCUGCAUGUCCCCAGACACAGGCUUUGGCCUGUCACCAACAGUGUCCCUCAGAGCCUUCCAGCCUUUCUUUGUAGAGCUCACCCUACCUUACUCUGUAGUGCGUGGUGAGGCCUUCACGCUGAAAGCCACUGUUUUCAACUACCUGACAGCCUGCAUCAGAGUCAGGGUGAUUCUGGCUCAGUCUACUCAAUUUCUGGCUACUGCGGUGGAAAAGGAGGAAGACUCUCAUUGUCUCUGUGAGAACGGGAGGAAAACAGUGGCUUGGCUGGUGACUCCCAAAUCUCUAGGGCUGGUGGAGUUCUUGGUGAGCACUGAGGCCCUGCAGAACCAGCAGCCAUGCGGAAACACCGUAGUGGAGACCCCUGAGAAAGGGCGGAAGGACACGGUCAUCAGGCAGCUGCUGGUGGAGCCUGAAGGAGUUGAGAAGGAAACUGUUCAGAACUCUGUGCUCUGUUUGAAAGGAGAGUCUGUGAAAGAGAAGUUUUCUCUGUUGCUUCCCUCAAAUGUGGUCCAAGACUCAGGCAGAGCAUAUUUCUCAGUGCUAGGCGAUCUCAUGGGCACCGCCAUGCAGAACCUGCACCAGCUACUCCAGAUGCCAUUUGGUUGUGGCGAACAGAACAUGGUCUUGUUUGCACCCAACGUCUAUGUCCUGGACUAUCUGAACAAGACAGGACAGCUGAGUGAGGAGGUCAAAUCCAAGGCCAUUGGAUACUUAGUGAGCGGUUAUCAGAGGCAGAUGAACUACAAGCACCCAGAUGGCUCUUACAGUACCUUUGGACCACGUUACGGCCAACGGGGGAACACCUGGCUCACAGCCUUUGUCCUGAAGUCCUUUGCCCAGGCCCGGUCUUACGUCUUCAUAGAUGAAAAGCACAUCCAGGAUGCUUUGAUCUGGCUCAGUCAAAAUCAGAAGGAGAAUGGCUGCUUCCGCAGCUCUGGGAUGCUCCUGAACAAUGCCAUGAAGGGUGGAGUGAACAAUGAGGUAACACUGACAGCCUACAUCACUAUUGCACUGCUGGAGAUUCCUCUGCCUGUAACUCACUCGGUGGUGCGCAAUGCUCUGUUCUGCCUGGAAACGGCAGGAAAUGGGGAAGAAAACCACGUGUACACCAAGGCACUGCUGGCAUAUGCCUUUGCCCUGGCAGGGAAGGAGGAGAAGAGGAAGGCGUUCCUUGGCUCACUUGAAAAGGAAGCCGUCCAAAAGGAUGGGUCUGUUCACUGGCAGCGGCCUGGGAAAGAGCCAGAGGCUGAUCUCCCGUACUACCGCUAUAAAGCUCCCUCUGCUGAAGUGGAGAUGACAGCCUAUGUGCUCCUUGCUCACCUCACCACGCAGCCAGCACCUUCGCAGGAGGAGCUGUCACUCGCAUCUCGUAUUGCAAAGUGGAUCAUUGGUCAGCAGAAUCCCAACGGAGGCUUCUCCUCCACCCAGGACACAGUUGUGGCUCUGCAAGCCCUCUCCUUGUACGGAGUUUCCACCUAUGCCAAGAGCGGAGCAGCUUCCAAAGUGACCCUGCGAUCUGGAGGGGACUUCCAGCAAGACUUCCACGUGGACCCCUCAAACCGGCUGCUGCUCCAGCACGUGCCCCUGCCCCAGGUGCCAGGGGAGUACAGCGUAGAGGUGUCUGGCAAGGGAUGCGUCUACCUGCAGACAAGCCUGAGGUACAACGUGCAGCCCAAGCAGGAGAGCGCGCCCUUCCUGCUGCAUGUACACACGAGACCAGAGACGUGUGAGGACUCCAAGGCUCACAAGGCCUUUGACAUAGGCAUAAACGUCAGUUACGUGGGUGAGCGCAGUGUCUCCAACAUGGUGAUUAUCGAUGUGAAAAUGCUGUCGGGAUUCAUCCCUGUCAAGUCCUCAGUGAGGAAGCUGGCACACCACCAAGUCAUUGAGCGUACAGAGUUCAGUACCAACCAUGUCUUAGUGUAUCUGGAAAAGCUGAGCAACGUGACCUUGAGCUUCUCCUUCACGGUGGAGCAGGACAUCCCUGUGCAGGGCCUGAAGCCAGCUCAGGUGAAGGUGUAUGAUUACUAUGAGACAGAUGAGUUUGCCAUACAGGAGUACGGUGCUCCCUGCGCCACAGGCCACUUUCACCAUGCUGCAGAUACAGAAGUGCAUUGAGGAAUUGUCUCCCGGCCACCUUGGUGAAAUGUUCACAUGUCUUCAGUGAAUUUCAAGCUUUGCCCUGGGUUCUUUUUUCCAAUCCUGUGGGAAAUCCAUGUGCCACAAGACAACAUUUACUCUGAUAGCUCAUGCCUCUCCUUCCUUCUCUGUAGUAUGGAUAUAAUGAACAUUCCCAAUAUGUUGUCCUUCUGCAACGUGGCAAUUUUAGGUGUCGUAGGUUCGCAGAUUUUAACAGGGUUUAAGCUGACAUGGCACAAAAGGGGCUACCACAGAAUGCGGAGAAGUCGUCUGGGGUUCUGGUUAUUGCUUCACCAGGAAUUCUCUCUCACUCUGUCCUUUCCCCAC